GUUGCAGCCGGAGCCCUUUAUACGGCGCGCACGCCUCUGCCGGAAGCACGGCGAGGCUAUUGCGGAAGCUGGGGCGGCGCAGGCUCUCUUUCGUUCUGGCGGCUGAAGGAAGAUGACGAAAGGAACAUCAUCCUUCGGCAAGCGCCGCAAUAAAACGCACACUUUGUGCCGUCGAUGUGGGUCCAAAGCCUAUCAUCUCCAGAAGUCCACCUGUGGGAAAUGUGGAUAUCCAGCUAAGCGCAAGAGAAAGUAUAACUGGAGUGCUAAGGCCAAGAGGCGCAACACUACUGGGACUGGUCGUAUGAGAUAUUUGAAAAAGGUCUACCGUAGAUUCAGGAAUGGUUUCCGUGAAGGAACAGCACCGAAGCCCAAGAGAGCAGCCGUUGCAGCAUCUAGCUCAUCUUAAGGACUCAAAUGUCGUCUUAAAAUAAAUGCCCCAAAACAUGGAAAGAAAUUGUCACCUUUAUAUAUUAAUCUACAUAUUUGAGACGUUUGCUCAAAGUUUCUAAAGAAAUGCAUGAUCUGUGAAAGUGAAAAGGAACGUUUGUAUAAUCACACAAAUGUUUAUUAAAACUUUGUAAUUGCCA